AUGGAUAUGGAUGCUUUAAUCCAUGACCAGACCCGGGCUCAGAUAGAGAAGCUCUUGGUCAUGGAUUCGCGCAGCAACAAGUUGAAAGCUUACACUCAUGUCAAAAACUUCAAGUACAUCAAGUCGGUGCUUGGCGGCGUCAAUGAGAACCUGCUUGACGUUGGGGUGAACGACAUCUUGAUGGACCUUGGAAUCUCAUCCAUGCAGGCAGAUGACUCUACAAGGGGAUUUAGUGUGCAAGGUGAUGGACCUUUGGAUAUGCGCAUGAAUCCUCAGUGCUCUGUCAAGCAAAUGAAACAUUUAAUAAGAGUGUUGAUGCAUGCAAGUUUGACAGCUGAAGAGAUAUUGAAUUCUUGGCCUGCUGUGGAAGUGGGAAAGGUACUACGUGAAUAUGGAGAAGAAAGCAAUUGGCAAUUUAUUCAGAAUCAAAUUGUUGAAGCUCGUGCACAAGGGGGAUUGCAUACUACAGAUGAACUUGUGCAUCUUGUGAGAAGAGCAUCAUCCAAGUCAGGAGGUAAAGUUGAUAGUUUGGGGAAAAAUGUUUUGGAGGCGCUUAAGGAAAUGAUUCCAAGCAGAGAUGAAGAGAUCAAAUUGAAACAAUAUAAAGAGAAACCACCUGUGAAGCUUGGUCUAGCUGAAAGCUUCUUGAAGUCAGUUGAUCCUGUCUGA